AACUUUUCUCAUAGAUUAGAUUCCCAGGAAUAAAUGCCCAUAUUUUCCUUUCCUCCACCGUUCACUGUCACUGUAAUUAGGGUGGUAGUAUCGAUUCCACCGACCAGCGGACAAUAUGAAUAAAUGGGUCAUAUCUAAUCUGUUUGAGCAGUAAACUCCUUUCAAGAGCAAAACCAUUUAUUGUUUCUUGUAUUCGUGUAGUUUUGAUGGAGAAUAAUGGAGACUCAAACGAGGACUAUGAUUCAUCACUACCAGCGGAAAAAUGGCGCGGAGAUGAAAAACUGUUUCAAUGGAAGGGCUUCUGGUUCAGACUCCAAUACCUUCCAGGAACUCGACAGGUUCUUGACAAUUUCAAGCCUCUUCCUAGUGAUGUUAUCUUAGCUUCUUUCCCAAAAACUGGCACAACUUGGCUCAAAGCCCUCUUGUAUUCCAUCAUCAAUCGCUCUUCUAGAGUCUGUUUGAGAACCACUCAUCCUCACAUGCUUGUACCAACACUAGAAGUUCAAUUAUAUGGAACACAUCAAGAAUCUUUUAGUACCUUUGCCAGCACUAGGUCACCAGCCAGGAUUUUGGCAACUCAUCUGCCUCACCAACUCUUGGCCGACACCGUCAAACCAUCAGAUUGUCGCAUGGUUUAUGUUACUCGAAACCCCAAGGACACCCUCACAUCAUUCUGGCAAUUUGUGUUGAAGUCCAGGAGUUAUGAAGAGCCAUGGCCUUUGGAGGUGGCUGUUGAGAAGUUUUGUAGAGGGGUGGUUCCUUUUGGACCUUACUACGAUCAUGUUCUGGGGUUCUGGAAGGAGAGCUUGGAGAGGCCAGAGAAGGUAUUUUUCGUUACUUACGAAGAACUCAAAGAUGACACCAGGACUCAUGUCAAGAGACUAGCAGAUUUCUUGGGGUGUCCCUUUACUGGUGAUGGUGACGAAGAGGUCUUGGAAGAGAUAGUGAUAGGCUGUAGCUUUGAGGAACUGAGCAACUAUGAGGUCAACAAGUCCAGCGAGCAUUCACAAUGGAUGAAAUUGCCGUUUAGUUCCUUCUUUAGGAAAGGAGAUGUCGGGGAUCAUAGGAAUUAUCUGAGCAACGAAAUGGUGGAACGCAUUGACACAAUUACUGGCGAGAAAUUUCACCAGUCAGGUUUCAUAUAUGGAAUUAAUUAGCAUUCCAUCGGAAUUUUAGAAUUCCGAUGAGAUGGCAAAUAAGCCUUCCGAUGAGUUCUUUCUCUAAAGAAGGAUCGAGAUGUCAUUGUUGAUUGCUAUGGAAUUUCUUGUCUUUUCUU